GUAUUUUCAAAUGGAGAUGAUCAGCUGGAGAAGGCAAUGGAAGAGAUACUGGGUGAUUCUGAAAAGGACCAGAACAAUUUCACUGCUCUCCAAGAAGGUUCCAGUGAUGCAAGCAGCCAGGCAGCUAGAGAUGGGUCAGCAGGUCAAACAAAUCAGCCGUCUUUGCACCUUGCUUUAGACCCUUCUGCUACAGAAAUCUGUGCACCAAGACCACCUUCUCCCAGCGAGCCCCUGGAAGAGGACAGCGUAUUGUUUAACAAACUGACUUACUUAGGUUGCACAAAGGUGUCUGCUCCUCGAAAUGAGCCAGAAGCUCUACACGCCAUGGCAAACAUGAAAUCCUCAAGUCAGGCCCCUUUACCUGUAACGCUUUAUGUUCCAAACAUUCCAGAAGGCUCUGUAAGAAUAAUAGAUCAAUCAAGCAAUGUGGAGAUAGCCUCUUUUCCAAUCUAUAAGGUGUUGUUUUGUGUACGUGGACAAAAUGGGACUUCUGAGAGUGACUGUUUUGCAUUUACUGAAAGCAGCUGUGGAACUGAGGAUUUCCAGAUUCAUGUUUUCUCCUGUGAGAUUAAAGAGGCAGUCAGCCGAAUUUUGUACAGUUUCUCAACAGCAUUCAAACGUUCUUCCAAACAAGCAUCUGAUCAUGUGAAGGACUUUGCUCUUCCUACUCCAGACAGUGAUGUGUACACUUUCGGUGUUUCCUUAGAAGUCAAAGAAGAUGAUGGAAAAGGAAAUUUUAGCCCUGUGCCAAAGGAUAGAGAGAAAUUGUAUUUCAAGCUUAAACAGGGAAUUGAGAAGAAAGUGGUGGUUACAGUUCAGCAACUCUCAAACAAAGAACUGGCCAUUGAAAGAUGCUUUGGGAUGCUGCUAAGCCCUGGACGAAAUGUGAAGAAUAGUGACAUGCAUUUACUAGACAUGGAAUCCAUGGGAAAAAAAAUAAUCACUGGAAUGUGGAAUCCUAAUGCACCCAUGUUUCUAGCACUUAAUGAAGAAACUCCUAAAGAUAAGCGUGUGUUCAUGACUGUGGCCGUGGAUAUGGUUGUUACUGAAGUAGUAGAGCCGGUGCGGUUUUUGCUGGAGACUGUUGUGCGUGUGUAUCCUGCCAAUGAACGCUUCUGGUACUUCAGCAGAAAAACCUUCACAGAAACUUUUUAUAUGAAGCUAAAACAGUCUGAAGGCAAAAGCCACACAAGUGCUGGGGAUGCAAUUUAUGAAGUUGUCAGUCUACAAAGAGAAUCUGCAAGAGAGGAAGAAUUGGUCAGCCCGACAAGUGGAGGAGGGCCUGUGUCAUCCCAGGAGGAUGAGGCAGAAGAAGGGUACUAAUUAAGAUGAUGGAAAAAAAAACCCUAAACCUUGAGUUUACAAUGUCUUGUCUUAGCCUUGGAAGAAGGCUUU